UGUGUCGCUCUGCACACACUGUCCCCACGACCGUGUGUCACUGUGUGUCACUGUGUAUGUGCGAGUGAGUGUGACUCUGUGUGUGUGUGUGUGUGUGUGUGUGUGCGCGAGCGCUCUGCCUGCAGUGUUACCGAGCGCCGCUCCCGCAGCGCUUUCAUUUGCGCGCAUCACUAGGCGGACAUGUGAUGUGGUGAGAGAGAGAGAGAGAGAGAGAGAGAGAGAGAGAGAGAGCAGAUCGACCUGGAGCUCCUGUCCACUCCUGUCCAGUCCGUCCAGUCCGGCCACUGCGGCCACAUUCGCUGUUUGCUUGUUUCCGUGUGAACUUGACCGCCUGCUGAAGAGCCCUGAAGAUGAACCCGCCGUGCGCGCGAUGUGGUAAAAUAGUGUAUCCGACCGAGAAAGUGAACUGCCUGGAUAAAUAUUGGCACAAGGGAUGCUUCCACUGCGAGGUGUGCAAGAUGACCCUCAACAUGAAGAACUACAAAGGCUAUGAGAAGAAGCCUUAUUGCAGCGCGCACUACCCAAAGACGUCUUUCACCAUCGUGGCAGACACACCCGAGAACCUGCGGCUCAAACAGCAGAGUGAACUCCAGAGUCAGGUGAAGUACAAGAAGGACUUUGAGGAGAGCAAAGGCAGAGGGUUCAGCAUUGUGUCGGACACACCUGAGCUCCAGAGACUGAGGAGGACCCAGGAGCAGAUCAGUAAUGCGAAGUACCACGAGGACUUUGAAAGGACAAGGGGGCGGGGCUUCACGCCAGGCAUGGAUGAUGCCGGACAGGGGCGGUUGCGGCGGAACAACCAAAUGGUGAGCGACAUGAGAGGGAUGCACCAACACGCGAUGGAGACCGACCGGAGGCCGGGCAUCAUCGUGGCCCCAGUGCUCCCCGGGGCGUACCCUCCAAGCGGACACAGUCAGGGCUACGGCUACAUGCACCAGACCAGCACGUCCUCCAUGAGAUCCCUGCAGUCCCCUCCACACGCCGCCCCCAUGCAGAGAGUGUACCGCGCCAUCUACGACUACACGGCGCAGGACCAUGACGAGGUGUCCUUCCGGGACGGCGACAUCAUCCUCAACGUGCAGCCCAUCGACGAAGGCUGGAUGUUCGGAACGGUGCAGAGGACGGGCAGAUCCGGGAUGCUGCCCGCAAACUACAUCGAAGGCAUCCGCUAGAGCCGGAGCCGCGGAUCUGGCCGCGGUUCCGGUUCCGGCGGGCAGACGCGCGCGCGAUCCGUGCGGCACUAAUUCGUAGCAGUAGAGGUCGGCUCGGUUGAACAGCGCUCGUGGUCAGCUUUGGUCCUGGACACCUUCGCUCCUGCGCAGGGGUUCGAAAUGCCACGGAUGACUUCACGCACCCUUCGGUCCAUUCGAUAGAGAGAAAGAACAAUCUGGAAGGCGUGAAAGAGGACUCGAUCGUAGAGGAUGUUCCCAGGAGCACAGCUGAUCACCCUUUCUAUACUUCUCCACAAAUGCCCUCCGUGACCAGACCUGCCGCAACUAUAUUUCUGCAUCUCAUCUUUAUUUUUUACAAAAAAAAUGUGGGGGAUAAUUAUUUUUCAGUACUAACUAGUGCAAACGAGCCAUCGAGGAGCUGAGAUCUAUCUUUCAAACUUUUCUCUUUAAAACACACCUCGUUAAGCUGUUUGCAAGUUAUUAACACGUAGAAGUUUUGUAAAAAGCCGCUCCGCUACAGUUGGUGUGGCGGUCGGGGUCACUACUGGCCACGAGCUCCGUUCGGCAUUAUUCUGCCCGCCUUUCGUCAACAACGUUCGCGAGAACAGGUUCGACUCGAAUCUGGACGUCGUUUGUAGUUGAGCUGCACAAAGGAGUUGGGCUUUUUAUCAACCAGUUGGGUCUUUGAACGGCUUUUUCGCUAUAAAGAACCGGGCCCUCGUUUUUUUGCCAUGCGACGGUUGACAUUUAUGACUCAUAGAAAGCUGAUUUCUAUCGAUGCUGUCGAGCACUGCAAUCACUUGCCUUGUUAUUGUUUGAAGUUGUAUGAAAAUGUACCGGGUUCGGGGCAGUUCAAUGCGUUCCUGCAUCCCAAAUGUCAAGCGGUAAUUUUAGACUUCGUUACGGUUGCUGUGCACACGGAUGUGGAAGCGCAUGUUACAGUAACACCGUCACCAGGACAUCAGCUGCGUGUUAACAAAACAAAUUGUUUGCUACGGGAUGGUUUUAUGUUGCUAGUGAUGUUUAGCAUUUCUGCAUUUUAGUUAUUAGCUUUAAUUAGUUCAAGCUGGUGACGAACUCACGAGGACCAAUAUGACAUAUAACAGCAUCAUUAGUUAAGUACUGAAGCCGAAUGAAGCUUUCCAGACAUGGAAGAUCAUUAUUCGCUUAAUCCACAUGUAAUAAAGUAACUUUAAAGAAAAAAAAUGCAUCUAUGUAAUAUGUUUUGCAGUGUUUGAACAUAAUCACUUGUGACCGUUUUGAUUUACGUUCCUGUCUGGGAAUCAGUGUCACGAAUUGUUAGCUGCAGUGUAAUAUGUACAAAUAAACAGCUUUCUCA